UCUCACGGUCACACACACACACAGAGCGAGCGUCAGGGGAGGUCUGACACACACACAGUCCAUGCUACAUCUUCAUGGACACACUCUUCAUAAUCUUCAUUUCCUCAUAAGCAGCAGCAGCAGCAGCAGUUCACAUGCCAGAUUCUCAACACUCCAGUUUCUCCCUGCUGAGUGGCUGACGGGAUCAACAAUGCGUCCGGACGUGAUCCCCACGUGCCCGUCCCGGCAUCCACACUCAUUCUGAUUCAACAUUUUAGAUUGUUUCUGAUUAUACUUGUGAGCUUUCCAUCCCAUCGGGCUCCUGCCAUGUGGUGGGGUUGCUUGUUUCUGGCAGCGCUGCUGGUGGUUGCAGAUUGUGGAGGAGUUGAGCAGAAAACAGACGGACUCCGGAGCUCCACGCCAAAAUCCAACAGCAGCAGCGGCCGGAGAUAUCAUCGGAUCCAGCAUGGACAGUGCAGCUACACUUUCAUCCUCCCGGAGAGCGAUGGAAACACUUGCAGAGAGUUUAAAUCGGGCACGCCGUACAAUGCCAAUGCAUUACAGCGGGACGCUCCUCAACCCGAAGCCGACUUCUCCAACCAGAAGAUCCAGCAGCUGGAGCACGUCAUGGAGAACUACACACAGUGGCUACAGAAGAUUGAGAACUACAUCAAAGACAACAUGAAGACGGAGAUGGUGCAGCUACAACAGAGCGCCGUCCACAACCACACGGCAGCCAUGCUGGAAAUGGGCACCAGUCUUCUGUCCCAAACGGCAGAACAGACGCGAAAACUGACCGACGUGGAGACACAGGUUUUGAAUCAGACAUCGCGGUUGGAAAUUCAGCUGCUGGAGAAUUCGCUGUCCACCAAUAAGCUGGAGAAGCAGCUUAUGAUACAGAUCAAUGAAAUCAACAAGAUUCAUGACAAGAACGGGUUUCUGGAGGAGAAGAUGCAGGAGCUGGAGGAUCGGCACCGGCAGGAGCUGGAGUCUCUGCGGAUGGAGAAAUCUGACCUGCAGGCUCUGGUCAGCAGACAGAGCUCAGUGAUCCGUGAGCUGGAGAAUCAGCUGAGCAGAGCCACCGGAAACAGCACAGCACUGCAGAGACAGCAGCAGGACCUGAUGGAGAGCAUGCGCAGCCUCCUCAGUCUCUGUGCUAAAGACGCCGCUACAGCAGUGGUGCCGAACAGCACCAAGCAGGCUGAUGAGGAGCGAAAGUUUCGGGAUUGUGCUGAUCUUUAUCAAGCAGGCUUCCAGAAAAAUGGAGUUUACACCAUCAAUAUUAGCCCACAAGAGACCAAAAAGGUGUACUGUGUGAUGGAGUCUGCAGGCGGAGGCUGGACGGUGAUCCAGAAGCGUGAAGACGGCACUGUGGAUUUCCAGAAAACAUGGAAAGAAUAUAAGAUGGGUUUUGGAAGCGUGUCGGGCGAACACUGGCUGGGAAACGAGCUUGUGCAUGUUCUGACCAAUCAGAGGCAGCAUGGCCUCCGGGUGGAGCUGAGCGACUGGGACGGACACCAGGCCUUCUCUCAGUAUGACAGCUUCCACAUCGACAGCGAGAAACAGAAAUACAGGUUGUUUUUGAAGACGCACAGCGGGACGGCGGGACGGCAGAGCAGUUUGGCCAUCCACGGAGCAGACUUCAGCACCAAAGACGUGGACAAUGAUAACUGCACAUGCAAGUGUGCACUGAUGCUCAGCGGCGGCUGGUGGUACGACGCCUGCGGGCCGUCCAACCUGAACGGUGUGUAUUACAGACAAGGACAGCAUGUCGGAAAAUUCAAUGGAAUCAAAUGGCACUAUUUUAAAGGCCCCAGUUACUCUCUGCGCUCCACCGUCAUGAUGAUCCGACCGGCCGACUUCUCAUAGUCCUCCUCAAAAUAUUACCAAAUGUGUUGCAUUUGUGCACAAGACUUUAUCAGCAUGCAAAUACUGCAGCAUUGUUUGGUGAUAGCAGGAAUCCUGUGAAAAAGAGGCUGUCCUGUCACCUUCCUGAGCCUGAGUGGGAAUCGGCAUGUGUCCCGGAGCUUUUAUUUUUACAUAUCAGAGGUAUGAACUGAAGUGCAUUCACUUGUCACUCAGGACUGUUAAUGCAGCACUUCAGCAAGUGAACUCCAGCCGACAUGCGCACUUCCAAGAGAACUUAACGCAGCUUGAAUGCCCUCCAAUAACCUAAAGGGACCUAUUAAUGUUAAAUACAAACGUGUUGCACAGAUAUAUUUGGGUUGUGAUACAUUAGUUCACAUUUUUUUAUUCUAUUUUCUACAUUAAUCCUGUCAAAGACGUGAAGAAAACCAUUGCAUGCAGCAUUAAAGGUGACUUUCAGAGCUAUUUACAAGGAAUGUUUUUGUUUUUUCUACGUCCUCCAGCCUGACUGUGUUGAAUACUGAGUGUGCGAACUGCAAUUUAUUAUUGACUUUGAACUUUGGUACACUUUUAAGCAUGCCAUGGCUUUUGGCAAAGCAUGCCAAAGAUCACAGCUAUUAAAGAGGUAAUAUUGAUCUAAUAUUAACAGCAAAGCCAAUGACACAUGUACCGGUGCAGUGUUAUGCAUAUAAUAAUGUUUUAAUUCAUCCAUACCGUCAGAUUUUGUCAUGUUAAGAAUGUUUUCAAAGCAGUGUUAUUCAUAUCAAUGAGUUUGCAUCAUAUUGUCCUUAAACCGAAGACUGCAGUGUUGUUGAAUUAUUCUGAAAGACUAGGUUUAAUUUGUUUCGUUGGUUUAUUUCAAACUAUGUUUUUGCAUACGGCUAAACCAUCUUUCUUCAUUUUUAUGUGUAAACAUGUUUGAUUGUUGUUGUUGUUGUUGUUGUUGUUGUGGGUGUUGCUGCUUGUUUCCGAUUUUACUUUAGCAUUAUGUGCUGUUUUUAACAUUCGCAUGCACAAUAUGGAUCUAAAGUGAGCUGAAUGAGUUUGAGAGAAAUUAACUUCAUCAUCUAGUGCUCCUUUUGAAUUUUUUCUUUCUUUUUGAAUACAGAUUUCUGUGCCAAAAUUUAUGAAAAUCAAAAGUUUCAAACAUUGUUUAUAACAACCCAGGCGCAUUGUGGAUACAUACCCCAGUCUACAUUUCUGGAGAACUCGAAAAAUGUACUCUGAGGUAUGUUUCCUUGCAUUUCUGGAGAUCGUGGAAAAUGUACGGAGGUAUUUUUCCCCGCUCUGUGUGCUUUUUGACCAUCUCAAAUGAGUUUGCGCAUGCUCUUCUUUAGGGAUGUGAACCAACACUAGUCUCACGGUUCGGUUAUGAUUGUCAUGCCAUCAGUUCGGUUCUACAUUGACAAUGCUUUCCAUAUACAGUACAAUUUGAUAUUUUACUUAACAACACAAUAAUUCCUGUGUUAAAAUUUAUGAUUUAUAAAUAUAUUUAUAUUUAUAUAUUAUUUGUAAAACAACUUUGUCCUUUAACACAAGCAGUCAGAUACAGUUGAAGUCAAGAUUAUUAGCCCCCCUUUUGAUUUAUUUUUAAUUUUUUUUAAAUAUUUCCCAAAUGAUGUUUAAUAGAGCAAGGACAUUUUCACAGUAUGUCUGAUAAUAUUUUUUCUUAUGGAGAAAGUCUUUUUUGUUUUAUUUUGGCUAGAAUAAAAGCAGUUUUCAAUUUUUAAAAAGCAUUUUAAGGUCAAAAUUAUUAACCCCUUUAAGCUAUAUAUUUUUCAAUAGUCUACAGAACAAACCAUCAUUAUACAAUAACUUGCCUAAUUACCCUAACCUGCCCAGUUAACCUAAUUAACCUAGUUAAGCCUUUAAAUGUCACUUUAAGCUGUAUAGAAGUGUCUUGAAGAAUAUCUAGUCUUAUAUUAUUUACUGUCAUCAUGGCAAAGAGAAAAUAAAUCAGUUAUUAGAGAUGAGUUAUUAAAACUAUUAUGAUUAGAAAUGUGUUGAAAAAAAUCUGCUCUGAGUUAAACAGAAAUUGGGGAAAAAAUAAACAGGGGGGCUAAUAAUUUAGGGGGGCUAAUAAUUCUGACUUCAACUGUAUAUGAACUGUACCUUUAAUAUUACCAGCUCAAAGAAAACACUCUCUUUGAAUGUAUCAAACAAAACUAAAGUACAUGCACAGAACACCAUGAGCAUUUAUAGCAAAAAAAUAUUGUAAAUAUCAUCCCGCUUGUUUGUUUGAGCGUUGUUGAGCGAGUUCUUAAAUGCCUGUUUGGUCACGUGCUCAACACAAAAGGCUGCGAUUGGCUCUAAUGGUCACCGCUGCUCUGGCGCUGUUCAGCAAACAGUGACACAGAUACUGUAGUUAAACGGCCGCGAUGAUCAGCUGAUCUAUUAUAGAUGGUGAUGCGGUGGAGAAAACUCACUCUGCAGAUGCGCUUGUGUGUGGAUUCAAAAGUAACGUUAUUGUUGUAAUAGCUGAGAGAGGAGAUAAAACGUUACCUCACAAACACGCCAGCAAGUCAAAGAGGCCACAGAGAGUGAGAGAGAGAGAGUUUACAGCUUUUAUUUUCUCCUUUACUGGGUGCUGAUGUACUUCCCUGUUAGUGAAAGAUUGUCCAGCAAAAUCACAUGCAGUGAAUUGUGCACAGUUAUCUGCUUGUAAAGUAGUUGGAGUGUUUUAAUUACUCGCGGUCUCCUCCCUCGCCAUAGUAAGCUAGCGCCAUAUAACACAUAUUUGAUAAAUGACGUCUGUACAUAAUAACUGGUUAUGAAUAUUACUGAAUUGAUACUGAAUUGUUUGUGUAUGCAUCGCGGUGCAUUGAAGAAACUAUUAAUUUUGACACCCCUACUGUUCUUUUUAAAAUCCACCAGAGGGCACAACAACACACACUCUCUUCAGUCGAUGGGCUUGUUGUCGACUGACUAACCGACUGACCCACCCACUCCCUACCCUAAACCCAAACAAUAUUGUUUUCAAAAGAUAAUUUAGAAAAAGAAAAGCCAUCGCGGCUGCGUGAUUUUACCAUGUUUUCUGAUUUAUUUACCACGUUUUUGGCCUGUUGUUUAUUUAUUUGCAUUUGUUUUACCUGGGGCGACACUGCAAGAAGGCCGCUGGUUCAAGUUUCGACUGGGUCAGUUGGUGUUUCUUUGUGGAGUUUGCAUGUUCUCCCCGUGUUGAUAACAUGCAUGAAUGAAUGAAUGAAUUAAUUAAUUAAUGUUUUACCUGGUUUCUGGAACCUUUCUUUACUGGACUUGUACUCCUACCAUGGCAGUGAGUCACCAGCCAAAUUGUUAACACCAGAAAAGCCAUCCACACGGAGAUAAGCGGUUAGCCGGUAGCACGAAAAGGCGUCAUACCAUCACCUAGCAUUAAUUUUUACAGACAAAAUGAAGCCAAAGAUACCUUGAAGUGCAUAUUUUGUGCUUUCCAGAAAUGUGACCUGGGGUACAUAUCCACAAUGAGCCUGUGUUGCUUUAUAAAGUAUGACAGAGAUAUAAACAAUGAUCUAUGGGGGGAAAAAAACUAAUGAAAACCUCAAAAAAUAAAUGAUAACUAGAUUUAUUUCGCAAUUUCAGUA